AUGUACCGGAAAGCGCUCUGUUUCCGGCGCCCGUGCGCUCGUACACGACCUUCUCAGACGCCGUGCCGACAUCCAGUUCUGACCCCUACGUCUUCCCAACACGCACCCGCGGCCCACAUCCCGCGAUAUCCUCUUCGUGUCAAGCAGCAGUUUGUUCCGCGUCGCAAUGAAGACUUCGGCGACGGCGGCGCGUACCCUGAACUCCACAUUGCCCAGUUCCCUCUUGGAAUGGGUAAAAAAGGUGGAAAUGGGUCAUCUAAAAAUAGCACUGGCACUCUAGCUCUCCAAGUACGUGGCGAAGAUGGCAAAGUGAGCUACGACGCCAUCGUCACGCAGCAGCACCGCGACAAGACCAAAGUGUACACUAGAUUCAGUGACAUUGUCGAGAAAGAUGGCAACGCAGCGGCCUUGGCGCUGCCCAGUCAAGACGAAGAGCUGGAGACAGCCAACCGCACCAGAGACGCCCUACAAGCGCUAGUACAGGGCAAAGUGGCCAGCUCUCUACCGACCAACGUGGGGCGUCAGAAGAGCGCCAAGGAGACAGCCAAGUACAUUCGCUAUACACCCAACGACCAGGGCACUUCAGGCGUCUCGAAGCAGCGGAUUAUCCGCAUGGUGGACGUGGCCAAAGACCCCAUGGAGCCACCCAAAUUCCAGCACACGAAGGCUGUGCGAGGCCCGCCGUCUCCUCCCGUUCCAGUGCUGCAUUCUCCUCCUAGGAAACUCACGGUGGCUGAUCAGCAGUCGUGGAAGAUCCCGCCGUGUAUCUCCAACUGGAAGAACUCGAAAGGCUUCACUAUUGCGCUGGACAAACGUCUGGCAGCUGACGGCCGAGGACUGCAACAAGUGACUGUGAACGACAACUUUGCCAGUUUGUCGGAAGCUCUGGCCAUUGCGGAGCGUAAAGCCCGAGAGGAGAGGCUGCUGCCGGAGCGUGAUGGACCGGUGCAGUUCUCGUACGACAACGUCAAGGAAGAGGACGAAGACGCUGACAAGACGCGAGCUCCCGAUGCCCGUCGGGCGCCGUCCGAGUCGCCCGCACGGAAAACUCGGUCGCUGUCGCGCUCGCCGCCCCCACGUCGCGGCCGGUCGCCGUCCAGAUCGCCGCCUCGCUCUCGCGGACGUGACCGGUCUGCGCCCCGUUCCAGACGUGGUCGUUCGCCGUCCAGAUCGCCGCCUCGCUCUCGCGGACGUGACCGUUCGGCUCCGCGUGGACGCAAGCGAUCGCCGUCGCGUUCGCCUUCGUACUCUAGAGAGCGUGGACGGCCACGUGCGCGUUCGCGCUCUCCCUCGUACUCGCCUGGUCGCAGUAGCCGUCGACGCUCGCCGUCCCGCUCCAGAUCUCGCAGCAGAGACGGCAACCGCAAGCGCCGCCGUUCGCCCAGCGAAGACAGCGACGACGACCCGUUCGGGUUGGACCAGUUCCUCACGGAUGCGCGAAAGGGAACGGACGAUCGCUCUCCCGGUCGCGACCGUCGCCGUCGCUAACGUAACCGACUGAUAGGUGAGAAGAGCUUUGGUCAGCGUGGAUAGCACGUAUAAUACAUGCACUUAACGGAACAUGCUAGACAUUUGAUGGAA